AUGCCUCCACUCAGGUGGCUCUUUUUAGUACUAUGCGCGUGCGUGGCAGUGAGAGCGGCCGAUGACAGCCUCAUCGACUCAUUUAAGACAAUGUUUUUUGGUAAUGAACCGGACAAGACCACCAACGACUCUGCCGCGCCACCACAGAAUAAUCCUCCGAUCAGUUAUCAUCAGUAUUCUGCCUCGUCUUCAUCUAGCCGCUCGCAACCACCGCCGUCCGGACAAUCGUGUACCCUCCCCCGCCAAAUCGGAACCGGACCCUACCGAAUCCCACGUUGGUACUAUAACCCAGUGCGCGGACGUUGCGAGCUCUUUUACUGGUCCGGCUGUUGUGGAAACGGAAACAAUUUCCAGACAUUCCAAACCUGUCAAUCGACUUGCGAAGCAUCUUCUGUACUUCCUACUCCUUCCACAUCUUCUUCUUCUACUUCUCAAAUCGUAUUUUCCACACCUCAACUUUCCGUGUUUCAACCCUCAUCCACCCAAAUCGAUGUCCUCUUCCAACCAAAUCUCUUAAACCAUUAUCUCUCAAUGCCGCCCGUCCUCUGCUCCUGUUGUCUCCGUCCCUAUUCCGAGGGGUACGGUAGCUCGAAUCUUCUCAGAUUUUAUUACGACGCACCGUCUAAAACGUGUCGUCAGUUUAUCUAUAAAGGGAUGGGCGGCUACGGGAACCAAUUUGAAAACGAGCAAAAGUGUCGCAACUCGUGUGGUGUCAGUGGGACUCCGGUGGUCCCACAAACUCUGGCGACACCUCCACCGACACUGAUGACGUCUACGUCACUACCACCUGUCGUCUAUGUUCCAACAGAAAGCCCGAACCCAUGUGCCGUGAGCAGUGGAGCAACGCUCGCUCCAUGCGCUCCAGGACAAGGAUGUGGUACUGGAAGCUAUUGCCACGUCGGCGCCCAGACCCAAACCACAGUCUGUUGUCCGAAACCAGCGGCUGUCGAUCGAUGCCAACAACCGUUGAAUAUUGGAAUCGGUAACUCGAAUCUUCAGAGAUGGUACUUCAACCCACUCACCCAACAAUGCCAAACAUGCACCUAUCGUGGACUUCAAGGAAAUGAGAACAACUUUUUGUCCCAAAACGAAUGUGAGCAGUCCUGCCUCGUGAACCCCUGCAAAAUCGGGUCACCAUUCCGCUCUCAGGGAAUCACCGUUCAAUGUUCGGCCAAUAGUCCAACAGUGUGCCCCGCCGGCUAUUAUUGCCAUCUUGGAGCCGAUCAGACCACCACAGUGUGCUGUCAGGCACUAGGAAACUCCCCGUGCGAGGAAGAGAUGACUCAAGGCGAGGGGUCUUCUGCGCUCACCCGCUUCUACUAUGACGCCUCCCAACGCAAAUGCCUCGCCUUCAACUACCUCGGUUUAAAAGGAAACCGCAACAACUUCCAAUCCAAGGAGCAUUGCGAGUCCACCUGUCCAGUAUGGAUCAACCCAUGCGCCAUCGGACAACCCGUCAUGACAGUAACCCAAAAACCGUUCCAAUGCCACCAAGGCGCCACAUGCAGUACCGGGUAUUUCUGUCACCUUGGAUUCGACGACGCCACCACUGUCUGCUGUCAAUCAGAGGGUGACCCAUGCUCCCUGGUAGUCAAGGAAGGGAAUGGAAACCACCAUUUGUCAAGAUGGUUCUACAACCAGAAGACCCGACAGUGCCAGCCAUUCACCUACACCGGACAGGGAGGAAACGAGAACAACUUCCUGCUCCGCGAGCAUUGUGAGGCCACCUGCCCGGUAUGGAUCAACGCCUGCCCAUCUGGUGAGCCAUACCUCCUGCCAAACGGUAAACCUCAACCAUGUGACUCCUCGAACACCAACUCCUGUCCAUUGACCCAUUGGUGCCACCCCGGACCAGAUGCCUCUACAACUAUGUGCUGCCCUGGAAGAGUCGAUCCAUGCACCCAAGCGCUGGGACAAGGAGAGGGACCACUAAGUGUCACCAGAUACUACUUCAAUGCUCAAAGCAGUACGUGCGACGAAUUCAUGUUCCGUGGACUCAAGGGUAACUCGAACAACUUCAACACCCUGGCGGAAUGCGAGAAGGCGUGUCCAGUCCAGCAGAAUCCAUGCCCGAUUACCAUGUCAUCCUUGAAACAUUCCGCUAAGUUGAUGCCUUGCUCACCUACCAAAUCCUGCCCAUCCCAGCAAUGGUGUCAUUAUGGAGAAACCAAGGAGACCACAGUGUGCUGUCCUAAUGGAAUUAAAAAUCUAGCAGAAAUAGAGCCAGGAGUUAGUAAAUUAUCAAGAAUGGGUUGUUUCUUCGUUCUGACCCAUAUCGUUGAAAUCAUCUUGCGUCCCUCAUAA